AUGGCGUCGACUACCCAGGAAGCCGGAGAGCCUCAGCGGCAUCGUGUUGGCGAACACUGGAGUGGAAACAAUCCCGUUCCAACCGUGCAGAAGUUCAUCGCAAACCUCGACAAAGACAAGAGUCAGCGGGACCACAAAAUCGAUGAGGAGAACAAGGCCAAGCGGCAAAGGGCGGCUAUGAAACAAAAAGAGCAAUCCAAGUCUGGGAGAGCAAAUGAAGGAUCACAGAGCGAUGUGAUGGCCCAUGAGGCCCGCAAGGUUGCCCAAGAAAAUGUCCGCAUGGUGACCGAUCCGACGACCGGCAGAGAGAUCGGAGUCGAGGACCAAGAUGCUUCCGCAAUGGAGGCUGUCAAGAAUCCGAAGCUGACCGUCCCCAAUGCGAACCUGGGCCGACCGACCGAGCACCAAACUCGCCAUGAUCAAGAUCUCUCCGAGUACAAGGAGAAGCAAGACAUCACCGCGCCUCCAGAUCCCAUUGCCGAAGGUACAACAUCUGACGUUCCCAUUCGCGGCGAGAAGACAAACGUUCUCUUCCAUCCUACCCCAACAGUCUCAUAUAAGCCUAUGUUCGAUAACUUGGAGAAGCGCGCCACCGCAUUAUGUGUCGGGAUUCCCUUCGCUAUCAUUGUACUUGGGCGGACCUUUGGGGGGUCCCUAUGGGGCCUCAUCCCGCUGGCGGCUUGCAUCGCAAGUGGUGUGUGGCUAUGGGUGCAAGAGGUCAUCAGAAGUGGCAAAGAGAUGGAAUGGGCUAGUGAGCAGAUGCGCGGCCAAAUGGCCACUGUGAAUCUUCUUCCGGAAUCUGUCGAAUGGAUGAACUCUUUCCUCGCCGUAGCAUGGGGCCUCAUGAACCCGGAGAUGUUCAUCCCUGUGGCCGAUACAAUCGAAGAUAUCAUGCAAGCGUCGGCUCCUAAGGUCGUCGAGAACGUCCGAAUUGCCGAGAUAGAUCAGGGAAACAACCCAUUGCGCAUUCUCAGCAUGCGUGCUCUACCAGAUGAGCAUGUUCAACAUCUCAAGGAUAAUAUCCACGAGGAGAACAUUAAGAACAAGGACCCACAAGAAGCCGCUGCCGCUGAGGAGGGUGGUAGCUACUACAAUAUGGAGGCUGCUUUCGCUUAUCACGCAAAACCAAGCAGUGGGUCGACCUCAUCCAAGGCCCGCAACAUGCAUAUGCACCUGAUUUUCUACUUGGGAAUUCGUGGCCUAUUCGGAGUCCCAUUUCCGGUUUUCGUGGAGUUGAUCGAGUUGGUUGGUACAGUCCGUUUGCGCUUCCAGAUGAUGCCCGAGCCACCAUUCAUGAAAGAAGUCACCUUCAGCUUGGUCGGUACUCCGCAUGUACGGGCGGGCUGUAUGCCCAUGAUCCGUCACGGUGUGAACGUUCUCAACCUGCCCCUGAUCUCGAACUUCGUCAACUAUGCAAUUGGCGCCGCCUGCUCCAUGUUCGCGGCCCCGAAAUCCAUGACUAUGGAUCUUAGCAUGAUGCUGAAGGGUGACGAUAUCCAAAAGGAAACACAGGCGCUUGGUGUUAUGUGGAUUCGGAUUCACCGUGCGGUUGGCCUGAGCAAGCAGGAUCGCCGCGGCAGCGAGGGUGGUGGCAGCGACCCUUACAUUAACCUUUCCUUCUCCAAGUAUGGAAAGCCCAUGUACUGCACCCGCGUUAUCACCGACGACCUGAAUCCGAUCUGGGAAGAGACUGCCGCACUCCUCGUCACCCCCGAAUUGAUCAAGGCUAACGAGAACCUGAGUGUUGAACUCUGGGACUCGGAUCGGAACACAGCAGAUGACAUUGUCGGCAAGGUCGAGCUGCCCAUUCGCGAAAUGCUCCAACACCCCGGCCGCAUGUAUCCGCAAGUCUCCAAAUUGCAGGGCCUUGACGAAGGUAGCGAGAUGCCGGGCCAACUGCACUGGGAAGUCGGAUACUUUGGCAAGCCCAAGCUGCGCCCUGAGCUGCGCACUGAUGGCAAAAAGAAGGACCUCCCGGAGAACCUUAAGGGAGAUCCGACCUUCGAAGAUGAGAAGGGCAUUAUUACCAAUGAAGAAGAAGAUGCUGUUGUGCAUACGCCACCCGAUCCCAUCUGGCCUAGCGGUAUUUUGAAUAUUGUUGUCCAUCAGAUCGUCAAUCUCCAGCUUGCCAAUAUUAAGGGCAGUGAGGGCAAUCGCAAGGGUAAGGAAUAUGAGCCUGCGAAGCCGUCCGGUGAGAAUACCGAAGAAGAGGGCGGCCAAUUGCCCACCAGCUAUUGCAAGAUCAUGCUCAAUGAUCAAUUGGUCUACCGCACUCGCCCGAAGGCCGUCAGCUCUAAGCCUAUCUUCAAUGCUGGCACAGAGCGCUUUGUCCGCGAUUGGCGAUCUGCUGUCGUCACUGUGACUGUGCGAGACCAGCGUUAUCGUGAACACGACCCCAUUCUGGGCGUUGUUCCCAUUAAGCUGUCCGAUAUCUUCCAAACAAGCUCACAGGUAACCCGCUGGUACCCUCUGGACGGCGGCGUCGGCUUUGGACGCAUCCGUAUUUCGCUUCUCUUCCGCCAUGUUGAGACCAAGCUGCCACCAAACAUGCUCGGCUGGGACGUUGGCACUUUUGAAUUUGCUAGUGACAAGGUCGUCGCAAAGGGAUAUGGCCGGCUCUCCAAGAUCAAGCUGCGCACCGGCGGCAGCACGGGCAAGAUCAACCGUCACGUUGGCAAGCUAGAGGGCCAAGAUGUAACCUACGACACCUCUGACGAGCACUUCCGGGAUAGUCUGCGCAUGCCUGUGAAACACAGAUACCGCGCGCCAAUCGUCUUCGAGUUCCACACUCCAGGCAAGCGAGGCGCGGCCGCUUAUUCCGUUCUCUGGCUCCAGCAUCUAGUAGACAACGAAGAAACCGACAUCGACCUCCCAAUAUGGACAACCAAGAACGGUGCCCGCCUCACACAGAACUACAUUACCGAACAGAACUGGAAAGCCAAAGAGGUGCCCGGGCUGGAAGACCUGACCGAAGUAGGCCGCCUGCAAUUCAAAUGCAUGUUCUCCCCGGGUAUCGACGAGUCUCACGAGAGAUUUGUCGUUGACAACGACUCUCGCGAGACGUUUGAGACUUGGGAAGCCUGCAUUGCACAGGGAGUCCGCUCGCGCAGCGUCUCGGUCGAAGUCCCCGCCGAAGUCCAAGAGAAGCACGAGCAGUCGCUCAUCGACGGCCGUGACGUUCUCAAGCAAGCUGACCCCACUGAGCGCCGCCGCUGGAUCGACCGAGAGGGUCAUGAUUGGAGCGGCGCUUUCGGGCAUGACCCACGCGCAUACACAGACUCUGACGGCCACAAGGUCGCCGAGCCCGGGCGCGAUAAGCCUCCUCAUGACCCCGUGACGCCGCCGCCGCUGAAGGGCCAGCCAGCACGCCAGUCAGGCUCACAGGAUGGGGACCAGGCGCUGAAGGAGGGCACUAACGAUAUCACUAGCGAGUCGGAGGCGUCGGAGACUGAAUCGCUGUCACAAGGCCCGUCGACGAUUAGUCCUACUGCUACGACAGGAUAUUCACAAGCGAGCAGUAGCUCGCUGAGCAAGAGCGAUAUAGGGAAGGCGAAUCGGCGGAGUGAGCAGCGCCAGCAGCGUGGAAUGAUGCAGUGGCGACCCGCCCGUAAUGCGGCAUUUGCAAAGGACGAGGCGAAGUUUGCGCUGAGGAAGCUAAAGAAGAAGAUCGGGACGGGGGAUUUGACCGGUAGAGAGCCGGAUGUGGAGACUGAGACUUGA